GUUUUUUUUUUUACUGGGACGUGAGUUAGGAUAGGUAUAAAUAAAAGCGUGGUGAUGAUGUGAUUAUCAUUGUAUGUAAAGGAAACUUUGCUACUAAAGAAAUCUCACAAUGUCCAUGCUAUUCGCCCUCCUCCUGUGCCUCCCCGCCCUCAUCCUCGGACAGGACAUAGACGCCCUCGCUAUUGCGUCCUUCAAACGAGUAGACUCCAACGACGACAACCGCGUCUCAAAAUCAGAAAUAGAUAACUACUUUGAUAACUACGACCAAAACAACGACGGUCACGUGAGCAGACCCGAGUACUCCCACUACGUCGAUCAAAACUACCCAGACCAGACGACCAACACCGUCAUCCGUGGCUUGUUCAGUGCUCUAGACACCGACGGCAACAACAUCCUCAACAACGUCGACUACAACAAGAUCUUCGCUGAUGCUGACGCCAACAAUAAUGGCGAGAUUAACCAGGAGGAAUAUAUUAGGUAG